AAAGCGGAUUUCGUAAUUGGUUUUAAGUUAAAGUUACAAAAUGAGGAAUAACCAGUUAGUUUGGUUGGGCUGCUGUACAGUUGUUUUAUUGGUUUUAAUUAAAAUGUUUCUUUUUCCUUUAACUGGGAUGAUGACGAUGGAACAAUGGAAAGAAAAAAGACAGGAAGGUGUGGCUGAGUACAUUGAAGAGCAAAGGAAGCAGAAAGCGGAGAACGACGCAGCAUGGCGCGCACCUGACGUUCAACUUCCAUCAAGAUACGAAAACAAUCUUUCACCCGAGGCAGAGUUGGACAGAAUAUGGAAAUACGUGAACGAACGACAGUAUAACUGCAAUGAAAGUGAGUACCUGGGAGGACGACCUUUGGAUCGGGACGGGGCGUAUGAUCUUUGUAUUGAAGAUAAGUUCUGGCCCGUGAGGAAAAACCCCGACCAGAAGUGUUUGAUGUAUUCGUUUGGAGUUGGUAAUGAUUGGAGUUUUGAUGACGAGAUUGCUAAGAGAGGAUGUGAGGUUCAUGCCUUUGAUCCAAGUAUGGACCGGCUCGAUGAUUCCCCCCUCGGUGACCACGGGGUCCGCUUCCACAAGAUCGGAAUCUCAGGAACCGACAUCGAUAAAGAUGCCAAUGGAUGGAAGAUGAGAACCUUCAGUACCUUGUUGAAAGAGCUCGGUCAUAAUGGUCGUUGGAUGGAUUACUUGAAAGUUGACACCGAUGCCCCUGGAGGUGGCGGGUUCGAAGAUAUGAUCAUGCAAGAAUUACUGGACACCGGACUUUACAGUUGUGUGCGACAAUACUCAAUGGAGAUACAUCUCAUGGGUCCUCUUACACAGAAAAGGUGGCUGGAUCGUUCAAGAAACAUCUAUAACCAGAUGACCCAACUUAACGACCAUGGCUGGAGGCUUUAUAAUAAAACGGAUAAUGUCCGAGCUGCCAAGAUAGUUUUAAAACGCCCAGAUUUCUCGCAAGAUGAGAUGAGACCUAGGGCCUUGAAUGGGGCAGAGGAAAUAUUAUGGGAAACUUCUUUCGUUAAUUUUGACGUAAAGGGACCAUGCCUUGUUAAAUAGAUGAUUAAUGAAACAUUUAUGAUAUCUAUGUUAUGUUGCACGUUAUUACAAAAGUACCGAAUUAUUUACAAAACAAUGAACUUUAUUUGUACACAAUGCUACAUAUGCAAGAUUGAACAUUUUUUUUCAAGUUCGAUAAAAAUUCAGAAUAUAUAGAACUCAAAAUAUUACCUAUAUCAAUUUGCUUUAAAAUAAGUAGAUGUACUAAUGUUCUGUCUCUAUAUCUUUAAACACAAUGGAACUUUCAUCCCUUUAUAUUUUGUUGUGCAUAUUACUCUGAAGCUAGUUAGGUUUUUAUAAUAAAUUGUUUCACAAUAUUCAA